AUGGCCGAUCUCGCCAGCAAUCUUUCCGCUGCAGCGGCGCAAAUGCGUUAUGACCUAGGUCGAUACCGUCAAGAAGAGCUCCCGCUCGAUAAAAGCAGUCGUGGCGGAAAUAAUUACAGCGAUCUUGUCCACAACAGGAAGCCUCCCAAGAUCGCUCAAGGAUGGGGAGGCAUGUCUUCUGAAGCACUUCUUACCAGCGCAGUCGCUAACGGUUUUGAUCAGUCUCAAUUGAUGAUGCCGAGGCGUACCAAACACGUGGACUUGCCCAUGGAGACUCUAGUUGGCAGAACGUUGCAAAAGCUACUCCGUACUACAUGUUCUUCCUCAUCUUUCUCUACGAAGUACGCUGACACUCGCAGCAAAAUUGCAACUUCCUCGCCCCGUCCGCCUGUUCACACGGCCUCGGUCACCCCACAGCAACUCAAUCCAAACAAUCCGCUGCGCACAAUCGUUUACAGCGGCAAGUGUAUCAUCAGUGGCUCUCUCCAAGUCAGGUUUGAGAUCGCAAUGGAGGACGAGCAUGAUUUUAUGGAAUAUCUGUGCUUCUGGGCAUCUGCCACAGAUAUGCGGCGUCAUGCUAUCACAGACAUCUCGACCCCAACUCUAGAGGGAGGGGUUUGCCGCUUCGAGACACUUACGCACAAGAAGAAGUACAGGAUCUAUCUCAGAAAUCUAGAGCAGACCAGGGGAUUUCAAGAGGCCCUUCUCGAGAUAAAGGAAAAUAUGAGGGACGGGGCGCAGCCACCGCUCGAGGUUGAUGCUGCGCAGGAGGUUGUUCAAUCACGUCCUGUCCACGACAUUCAGCCUCUCGGUUCCCAACUUUCAGCCCCUGAAAUUGAGACUAACAACACGCUGAUCGACAUCAAUACGCUAAAUGAGGAGAACACCGCCUUCGGCUCUUUGAUGGAGACGAAAAUUGCUGCGCUAGUUUCGGCUCUGAGGGAAGUAGUGAGUCUUUCGAACAAGCAUGGGGGUCUUUCGAAGCACAGCGCCCUCAUAGCCAACAUCGCUAUGCGCCAGUUCCAAGAUCAGGAUCACAAUGACUGGGAAAAUCCCUUCCAAUGCAAGGAAACAGUACUCGGGCUCAUUGCACGCAUGUCUUCAUGUUCUGGAGAUAAGAAUGGUGGUGAAACUGCCCAUCAGUCUCGGCACGGGCGACCAGAUUCAAUGCGCGGCUUCGAUUCGAGGGUCUUCAGCGCGAAGGACAUGGAAGAGCGGCGACAGGACGCACGUGUCCCUUUGCAUGGCAUGAGCCAAGAUCCAGAUGUUCAAAAGCACGUGUAUCGCCCAGGCGCAGACUUGAAGAUAUCAAUGUCGCCCUCGGUACCACGGAAGAAUAUCGCCACGUCAGUGCCGAAUGUCACAAGAAUGACAGAGCGAUUGGCAGCCAUGACAAUAAAUCCCGGACUUCCAGAUGCUAAGGCAGCUCGUCAACCCGAGAUUGGAGAGAAACUGAAUGGCCAGUCCAAGGGUGUCACAGACAGCCAAAGCGUGACUACAGUCAACGAAACCUCGCCUUCCAAGACAUGCUCCCAAGAAGCCGCGGGAUUCUUGGGAUCAAAUUCUUUGCUAUCGGAUCACAUCCCCAUGUCUCCUGAGAUGCCACAAAUGAACAAGGUUGGGAAAAAGCUCACAGACUCGAUGUAGGCUUGUUGAGGGUGGAAGCUUCGUCUCGGGGACAUAAGGCAGACAGACAAUCGAUUGGAAGGCUAGGAUGUAGUAUAUUGCCUGUGGUCGCGUUCGUCUUUAUUGCAAUCCUGUAUCUGGAGGUAUCGUCGUUGUCAUUGCGCUCGAAGUUCAUGAGUGAUUUGAAGAAGAAUCAAUCACCUUACAGACUUUUCCAGACAUUUAGUGAGGAACAUGCCCAAUAAA